AUGCACCUUAUUCUUACAGGUGCAACGGGCUUGGUGGGCUCUUCGGUCCUCGAUGCCAUGCUAAGAAGUGCGGAGGUUGCCAAGAUCACUAUCCUUAGUCGCAGGCCUGUGCGAAUGGCGGAGGAUGUGAAAGAUCCGCGAAUCCAAGUCUUAAUUCAUGAGAAUUUCCAACAUUAUGAGCCAGAGUUACUCCAGAAGUUGAAAGAUGCAGAUGGAUGCGUCUGGGCUUUAGGAACGAGCACAACAAAUGUCACAGAGGAUCAGUAUGUGAAGAUUACCAAGGACUAUGCCCUCUCUGCGGCGAAAGCCUUUUCCACCCUCAAGUCCUCGAAGCCACCGUUUCGGUUCAUCUAUGUCUCCGGUGAAGGAGCUACACAGUCUCCUGGGCUAUUUUCUCCGCUAUUUGCCAGAGUAAAGGGCGAGACUGAGAAACUACUCAGUGACCUGUCAACCACGAACCCACUACUUCGUGUCGAUAGCGUUAGACCAGGCUUUGUUGACGCGGCAGCGCAUGGUACCGUUCAAUCGUAUGUUCCUAACCAUGCAGUCAGUGGACUUGGUGCAAGGAUUGGAAUCGCUUUGGCAGGGCCUCCGAUACGGCAUAUUUUUACCGGGAUGCACUGUCCAACCGAGCAUCUAGGCAAAUUUCUAACGGAUAUGGCUAUGGGCAAGGUAGACGGGAAACUCGAGGGCACGGGAGUAUCCAAACUAGGCAGUGGCUGGGUAGUGCAGAACAUAGGUUUCCGACGGAUAUCAGGACUAUGA